CAUAAUACGGAAGCCAUGCCUGAACCAGCCAAAUCAGCUCCUGUCCCAAAGAAAGGCUCCAAGAAGGCAGUAACCAAAGCACAGAAAAAGGAUGGCAAGAAGCGCAAACGCAGCCGCAAGGAGAGCUAUUCGGUCUACGUUUACAAGGUGCUGAAGCAGGUUCACCCCGACACUGGUAUUUCGUCCAAGGCUAUGGGUAUCAUGAAUUCCUUUGUUAACGACAUUUUUGAGCGUAUCGCAGGCGAGGCGUCGCGCUUGGCUCACUACAACAAGCGUUCGACUAUCACCUCCAGGGAGAUUCAGACCGCUGUGCGCUUGCUGCUUCCCGGGGAGCUGGCUAAACACGCGGUGUCCGAAGGCACUAAGGCUGUCACCAAGUACACCAGCUCCAAGUAAAGUUGAAAGUUUGGAUAUUUACUGCUAAACCCAAAGGCUCUUUUCAGAGCCACUCACGGUUUCACGAACAGAGCUGUUUACUGUUGCCUUCUGAACUUAAAAUGAUUGAGCGUUGAUAUAUAGCAUUCUGUCGUUUGGUUUAGUGCCUCAAGUUAGAGCGCAAGCAACCGCUUCUCGGCAGUUGCAUGCGCUUAUAGUUUUUCGUACAGGAUUCUUAACUGAUUUCCCUGUACUUGGAAGUGUUCAUCCUUUACUGAUUUGCACGGGGGUUGUGACGUGUGAGGGCCAGUAAUGAAGAAAGCUAAGCGGCCGCAGAUGACCGGUCUCUGUUUACAAAGUGUGACUCUUGAGCAAAGGAGCUUACAGCGGCAUUUGAGAACCUGUUUUUAAAAACGUAUUGACGAUUCUCUUAGCGUUCGUUCAGUUAUUUCCGCUCUCAUUCUGUUUGAUUUUGUUAAUGCCCUUUCCUUCGCUUUGCGUAAGGCUCUUAACAGUUCUAAUGAACUCUAAUCAUCUAAUGUUAUUUUAAGGACCUAUUACCUUGGGGGAGGGGGACAGCUACUGCAGUCCAAUAAUGGAAAAAUGUAUUCUUAAUGUCUUAAUUUUGCUUUCUCCUUUUCUAAAGUGCUUUUAAAAGGUGCUUGUCAUCGGAUUAGGUUCUAAUGAAGGUGAAUAAAAUCCUGCUUCUCCCUCCGUCCCGUUUCACAAACUAGGCAUGCAAAAUCAAUUCUGUCUAAGCCAUUUCGGUCUCGUCAGUGUAAUCACAAUAUAGACAUUGGCUCCGCAGCCUCGGGUCCAUCCUCUUUUACUUGCAGGUCCUCUUCCGAGUUCAUCUACACCCUAAUCCCUCUAAUCCCUCCUCCGGUACUCCUUCCCUUGCUUAGUGCAGUAAAGGGGGCGUGAUAGUGGCAAGGACAAAUGUAGAAGGUCCCAGGGCAUGUCAAAGGGCACUGUGGAAGCGAAUAUGAAAGUGCAAAAAGACUUAAACCACAGGCUUCCUUCCUCAUCUCUCUGGUCACCAAGGGGUAGAAGCUACCUUGGGAAGAUAGGUGAGAAAGGCUGGCUUGGGGGUACCUUGCUGGUCAGUGGAAAUCCCAAUUCCAGCCAAUAAUCACUCUCACUGUCCUAUGGAGGCAUCUUUGAAAAACACCUUGCCAGCCUUGCCAGCUUUAUCAUUCAGUCUAUCUGGUUGCCCUUUCAUUUUCCUAACAAAUUACAGUAACCACAAAGACACAAUAAGUAUUUGUUUUCAAGUUAAAUUACCAUUGUGUUUCAACUAUGGUCUUCUUGAUUUUAGUUUGAGAUAGUUCUUAAAUUUCUCAGUAGCAAAUCCAGUUUUCACUCAGAGCCACCGUGGUCUUUUUGAAACCACGCAUCAUGUUGUCUUAUCCCUGUCCAAAGCCCUUUAAAUGAUCUUGCACUGUUCUUAGCACAGAUUCCAAAAUCUGUAUUAUAGCUUCAAGCUCUGCCAUGUCUGACCUCAGCUAACUCUCCAAUCCAACAUCAGGAGAUUCUCUUUCUCCUUUUAGUCUUCCUCCUCCAUCUUCCCCUCUCCCCAGUUUCUGGAAUUUUCCCUGGAUCCCUCCAGUUUCUAUACCUUUGCAAUUU